UAGACAGCACACCCCUCAAACAAGCCCGCUGUUGAAGAAGCUGGAUAUGGAUGUCCUGUGCUGGUGCGGUUACACGUGGUCUGUGGUUGUGAGGCCGGUUGGAUGUACUGCCAAGUUCUCUAAAAGGAGGCAGUUUAUGUCUUACCAUCUCAAUAUGAGCCUCCACACCAACACCAUGAACAGCCUGCAUCUGGUGCCCAAGAAGGACUCUGUGGCUAACCAGCUGGUGAGUGGAGCCUUGCAGCUGGCCAGGGACACUGCCCUCUUCCUGGAUGAGAUGCAGCUGGAGCAGGGUCAACUGGACACCUCAGGUGUCUGGAACAUCCCGGCUCUGGGGAACCUGAUUUCCUGGCAGAAGGUUGAUUAUGACUUCAACUACCACAAGGUGGAAUUCCCCUGCAAUAUUAAUGUGCUCAUCACGUCAGAGGGCAGAUCCCUGCUACCAGUGAGGACAAAGGCGUCAAAUAAAAUUUUAUUGGCCACAUCCGCAAUACCGUCUGAUAAGGUAGCAGCCUCUAAGGUGCAGGAGGAGUAA